AUGUACGCUGCUCUAGCGCUCCUGAUCAUGUCCGUGUCCUAUUUCAGCUCCGGAUUUGCGCUCAGCUCGCAUUUUGAUUCAGAUGGCGUUCCUCUGAGUGAGCUCUCUUGGUCCUCCUCUCUAGCAGUGGUGGCUAUCUCAUUCUCUGGUCUUUUCACCUUCAUCUUCCUUAUGCUGGCCUGCCUGUGCUGCAAAAAGGGAGAGAUUGGAUUUAAGGAGUUUGAGAAUGCAGAGGGGGAUGAAUAUCAAGCAGACAUGUCUACGCUGGCAUCGCCGGUCUCUGCCAGCAGCCCUGAUGUUUAUGUUCUGCCUCUGACAGAAGUCUCAUUACCUCUCGCCAAACAACCUGGUCGCUCAGUCCAACUCCUGAAGUCGACAGACACCACACGCAGCAGUUUGCUGUACAUUAAAGAGAUUGGGCAUGGAUGGUUUGGCAAGGUGUUGUUGGGGGAGGUCACAUCUGGACUUAGCAAUACCCAGGUGGUGGUAAAGGAGCUUAAGACGAGCGCCAGUGUGCAGGAGCAGAUGCAUUUCUUGGAAGAAGCACGAGCAUACCGGUCCCUGCAGCAUCCUGCUCUAGUACAAUGUCUGGCUCAGUGCACAGAGGUCACGCCCUACCUGCUCAUCAUGGAGUUCUGUCCUCUGGGUGAUGUGAAAGGCUAUCUGCGCAGCUGCAGGGUGGCAGACACUGUGACCCCUGACUCUCUGCUUCUACAGCGAAUGGCUUGUCAGAUUGCCUCAGGUCUUCUGCAUCUCCAUAAACAUGACUUCACACACAGCGAUCUGGCUUUAAGAAACUGCUUUCUGACAUCUGAUAUAACUGUGAAGAUUGGAGACUAUGGAUUGGCAACAAGCAAAUACAAGGAUGACUAUUUUGUGACAUCGGAUCAGUCCUGUGUGCCUUUACGCUGGAUUGCUCCUGAGCUGGUAGAUGACGUUCAUGGUAAUCUUCUUGUGGCAGACCAGACCAAACAAAGCAACAUUUGGUCUCUCGGGGUAACAAUCUGGGAGUUGUUUGAGUUAGGGAAUCAGCCUUAUCGACACUACUCUGAUAGACAAGUCCUCAGCUUUGCUGUAAAGGAACAGCAACUGAAACUACCAAGGCCUCUGCUUCAGUUUCCUCUCGCUGACCGUUGGUAUGAAGUGAUGCAGUUUUGUUGGCUUCAGCCAGACCAAAGGCCCAAUGCCGAGGAGGUUCACCUUCUGCUUAGUUACCUGUGUGCCAAAGGUGCCAGUGAGGCAGAAGAAGAGUUUGAGAGACGUUGGAACUCAAUGAGACCGAACAUGAAUCAUGGAAGUCUGCAUGGGGCUGGUCCCCUCACUUUUGAAAUGCCUCAGUCCUCUACAACCUCUUCUUCAUUCCCUCUACUGGAGCAGUUUUCAGCUGGUGAUGGCUACCAGUCAGAGUCAGGAGAUGAUAUUCUUACAGUUACUGAGACAAGCCAUGGCCUGAACUUUGAAUACAAAUGGGAGCAAGCAAGAGCUAAGCAACCCUAUCAUUCCUCCUCCACAACUGGAACAUUAGGUCAAGGGAAUCCACAUUGCCAGGAGAUCUAUUACCCACCAGGAGGUAUGGUAGGGGGAGGUGGGAAUGAUAGACUCGCCUUAGGGGUCUCUUCACAAUACUAUGAGCCCAAACAGUUACGUACACCAGAUGUGGUACCAGUUCUCAGUGCUCACAGUCCAUCAGUCAACAGUGAGUAUUACAUUCGUAUUGAAGAGCCAGUAGACUGCAAUAUUGAAAUGGAUUACACCAUGUGUACCUACAGCCCUGAAUUUAGAGGCAACAGUGGUAGCUUUUUCUCUGGUACCGGGGAUUCAGGGGAUUGUAUGAACUGCCCACCUAAAGGCAAGCCAGUUGAGUCAUACUGGUCAGCUGACAUCCACAAAAGCAGUGCAUUUGAUUCAGACAGCAGUCCCACCAUGUCCCUAACUAUGGAGCCUCUUUUGGGUCAGGUAUCUGAUUCCAGUCCACUCAGGCCUUGGGAGUCAGGUCACUAUGUAUCAUACAAAAACAGGGAUGGAGGAUAUUAUUAUGAACAUUCACCACCAAUAGAUAUAGACCACUACCUGAUUGGAGACGCAUCAGAACCACUGAGGGAGAGUUGGGGGUCACGGAGUUUGAGACAGGCACUCGGUGAGCUUGAGGACCCCUUGGGAAUAUCACCUGCACCUGGUAGCCCCCCACAGGCCUUUAGUGACCCCUACCUUGAGAGCAGCCAAUGCUCAGUAAUAGGAAAACAUGUAACUGGAGGGUACUAUGACAUGAUGGGUUCCCUGAGGAAGGUUAUGCCAGGAAACCACUCAGUGUGUAUUGACAUAGAGUCAGGCGGAGCUGUGUUUGUAGGACAAGAUGACAGUGAGUCAGAAGAAGAGGAGGACCUGUUUGUUGAAAGGCAAGCAGUAGGCUGGACAAGCAACCACUCAAUAAAGAACAGUCUAAGCUUGGGUUCAAUUCAGUGUACAUCAAGGCAAGAUGCAUAUGCAGAAUUUCAUUACACUAUGCCAAUGACUGAUGUUGAAGAUGCAUGGCCGAAGCAGCACAGCCUCCCAUUUCGCUCUGCCAAACGACUUAAUUAUGCUGAAACUAGAUCCAAAAGCAACACCUGUCCAGUGCAUGGCAGACAAGCCUCUGUAUCUUCAGCUGACUGCAGCUCAUACAUUCAUCUGUGCCAUGAACCUAGAGAGGCAGAAGUCUAUCCUGUGCCUUGUUGUCAGGCUUUGAGCAAUUCCCACUUCAUGGAUCCUCUUACCGGGUCAUUAGUAAGAAAUUCCUUUAUGAGUGACAAUGUAUCAGACAAAAACAUAGGCUUACCAAACAGAAACCAGCAGCUAAGCCAAGCUACUUAUACUAUUGGACAUGCAAAUUCCAAAACAGAGCCCACAAAGAACAAUGAAACACAGGUGAAUCUCUCAGAAUAUGUUGACACAACAGUAAAAGAGGCAAUGCACAGACAAGACAGUGAUAUGCGACAAGAUCAAAGUCAAAUAAACCCUCAAACAGACAUUACACUCAUGCCUCAACAAGAAGGCAAAUUACUUCCUGAAGUCACCUUCAUAGAGCCUGAAUCAGACAGGAGCAGGACUGUGGACAGUGGUGUGGAUGGCGGACACCUCAGCAUUAGCCUAGUGGACACUGAUAAUUGUAGUGAUGAAGACAUCACUGAUGUCACCUCAGGGAUUUUCAAUGACUUUGCAGGUGAUUCUGCUGAGACUGCUGAGUAUACCACUCAAUCGUUCAAAUCACUGCAGAAGCAGGUGGGUACACCAGACUCCAUGGAUUCCAUCGAUCUACCAUCUACCGCAUGCUCCAGUGAGACUCUUAGCCCCACACCUAUUCAUCCUUCAAAUUCACCUAGAGCCAUGGACAGUGGCUAUGACACAGAAAAUAAUGAGUCCCCUGAAUUUGUUCUAAAGGAACCCCAUGAACAACAAGAUAAUAAAGCCUUUAUCCAGCCACUGGGGAUGUCAGUCCCUGGCCAGUGCCUGGUUGCAGAAUCAGAAGGAGAUGAAGCAAAUGAUAAUCCACAACAAAAUGAUGUGGAGAAAGCAGCUGGAAUGACAACAUCUGAGAGCAAUGAUGGAGGGCUGACUGUGCUAAGUGAGGAAACCCCUCACAGAGAUUCAGCCUAUUUUUCUGACACUGAUGCAGGGAAAGAGAAAGAAAGUAAAAAAGACAGAGAUGAAGAAAAUGAUGAUAGUGUAAGGCAGAUAGAAGAAGCUGCAGAAAUAGUAGAGAAAGAUGGACCAAUAUCAACACAUAUAAUAUCAACACAUAUAGUUGAACAAGAUUAUAAAGAGCCAAAUAUUCCAGAGACAGAAGAAACAAGUAAAAAUACUAACAAUAUUGAAGAGGAGAGUCUGCUCAAGGUUUCUCAAAGUUCUCCUGAACCUAUUAUUACCUUGUCUACUUCUCCUGAAAGAUGUAAAAACCUAACAGAUGAUCUCAACCACAAUGAAGACCAUAAGAAAAAAUUAGAUAACUGUCAAGAAGAGAGUCAGUCAUCGGAUGAAAGCAUGGCAUGUGAGAAUCAGUCAUCAGAUUUAACUGCCUUGCCACCUUCUGACAUGUGGCCCACAGUCAACACUUUUGAGUAUGAAGGCCAGGAGAAACAUUCAGAUUACAGACAAGAUCUGUUGACACCUACUAGUCAGUCAUCUGAUUUAACUGAUUUGUCAUGUUCUAAUAUGUGCCCAACAACUAACCACAUCAAAGAUGAAGUCCUUGAAGUAAAUUUAGAUGACGGUCAAGAAAUGUUGGCAUCUGACUGUCAUUCAUCAGAUUUAACUACCCUGCCAUGUUCUGAUAACCUGCCAGAAGACAACGAAACUAUAGAGGCAGAUGCAAACCUUUCAUCCAUGACUGCAAGUACAGAUGAUAACAGUGCCAUUAAUACAACCCUUGAUAGCUUUAUCAAUGAAGGUGAUCUUCAUGAUGAAAAAGAUGUUGUGACGUCUACCCAAGAGGAACAAGCACCUCAGGUUAACAAUGACAGUUCAAACCUGCUUAUAACUGACUCAGCCAAAAGUGCUUUAACAGAUACAUUUGUAGACAACCCUGAAACUCCAGAAAAUAACACGAAGGAGGAGGUACAAUGCCACAAGGUCUCCACUCGUCCUUCCUCUCCACCACCUCACCCAUCACUCUACAGGCGAGUGUCUUCAUGUGAUGGAGCAGAGGCGGACGAGGAGGACAGGGAUUCUGAUGACAGUGAUGAAUCAGAUGAGGAGCUGCGAACCUACAGUAUACAAGAGCAAAGUGAAGAGAGUGAGGACGAGGAAAUUCCAGUGCCCAUCAUUGUGAGUGACUGCAGUGAUGCCCACAAACUCAGAAGCCUUCUUAAGAUGCCAAGCCUGUUCUCCGACUCACUAUGCGAUGAAAUGCUGUCUAAAAAGAAGGUGGUGUCCUUCUUUGAUGAUGUUACCAUUUACCUGUUUGAUCAAGAAAGCCCAACCAGAGAGCUAGCAGAACAUGGCCUACUAGAUGGAAAGGAAACCAUGCCAGGUGCUAAGAGCACAGUGCCAAAGGAACAGGAAAAAGUUAACAUCUCGGAUGACUCUUCAGAUGGAAACAUUUCAGAAGAGAGUGCAGGAUACGAGUGGGAGGAUGAUUUUUCUUUGAUGCCACUUCCCACCUCUCCAAAGGAAUCACCCCCAGACGUCACGGCAAAACAGAGCCUGACUUCCAGUGACACGAACAGCAAACCUGUUGCACAGUUCUCCCGAUUUACUGUUUCACCCUCCCCAAUCUCUCGAUUUUCCAUCACCCAUGUUUCUGACUCUGAUCUGGAUUCAUCAGAAGGAAGCAGAGCGGAGGAUGGAGAGAGAGUAUAAAAGCUGCACUUCACUGCCGUCUAAGUGAUAACAGUCAUCAUGGACCUCUUUUCUUCACAACUUUGGUCUUUGCUAUGAAAAUAAAACUGUUUUAGAAAAACAAUAGGAUUCUUUUAGACAGUGCCUAUUAUCAUUUAAAUAUAAUGCAGUGUUCCUUUAUGAAAAAUAAAUGAACACAUUC